AUGCUCUUUACUCACCGAGUCGACGACUCCCAUCGUGUGAAGCUUGAGGUUUGGAGUGCACCGGGCCUAUCGAAGCCGUUGUUUCAAGAGGCUAUGAAGCAGAACUUCAAGCCUGCGAAGAAGGGGGACUCGUUUGGACCGUCCUAUACUUUGAAGCUCGCUCCUCGCUUCGAAGUUGAAUAUAUGCGCGUAACGCGUUCUCCUUCUGCUACGAACCACUGGUGGAAGGUUGCGCUUGAUAUCCCCUCGUACUUCCAGCAAUAUGAGCGAGUUCAAUUCGAGUUCGACCCCGGCUGUGAAGCUAUGAUUUUCAGCACGGAUGGUACGCCCCUCCAAGGCAUUACCGGCGGGUUUGGCGGCGACAGACGCGUGGAGCACAUUAUACCAGCAAGUGCAGUGAAGAAGGGCACGUACUCCAUCGUGAUCGAAUCCAGCUGCAACGGCAUGUUCGGUGUCCCAUGGAAUGGGGACACCAUUGCUCCACCGGACAUGAACAGAUUCUUUGGCCUCGCGUCGGCGGACCUCGUGGUGCCCAACAUGGAUGCUUGGGGCUUGCUUGCCGAUUUCAACACAUUGAAGGAGAUCUCAGAGACAUUGACUGGGAACACCGGUUUGCAAAACAAGGCGUUGGUGGCUGCAAAUGAAAUCAUGAACAUUUUCGACAACAAGGAUCUAGCGAGUGUGAAGAAAGCACGCAAGAGGGCAGAAGAGGUCUUCGGCUCUGGCUGGGAGAAGAAAGGGGAGAAGAUCUACGAUGAGGGCACGGAUCGUCACCAAGUCUGGGGUAUCGGAUAUUGUCACAUCGACACUGCUUGGCUGUGGCCGUAUCGCGUGACUCAGCAAAAGGUGGCACGAUCUUGGUCGACGCAGGUCGAUCUGAUGGAGCGCUAUCCUGAGCAUCGCUUUACGUGUAGCCAGGCGCAACAGUUCAAGUGGCUCGAGGAGCUCUAUCCGCCGUUGUUCGAGCGCGUACGCGAGAAGGUCAAGGCCGGCACGUUUCACCUUGUCGGAGGCGCCUGGGUCGAGAACGACGCGAACAUGCCCUCUGGUGAGGCUCUCGUCCGCCAGUUCACCCACGGUCAACGCUACUUCGAGACCCGCUUUGGCAAGCGCUGCGAGACGGCAUGGCUGCCCGACUCAUUCGGCCUGACUGGAGCAUAUCCACAGCUAAUGCGCAUGGCUGGCAUGAAGUAUUUCUUCACGCAGAAACUUUCUUGGAAUAAUAUUAAUGUUUUCCCUCACUCGACCUUCAAUUGGGUUGGUAUUGACGGUACACAAGUCUUGUGUCAUAUGACGCCCGUCGAUACUUACACUGCCCAGGCUACUGUUAACGAUAUCAACAAGGGAGUAACAAAUCACAAGAAUCUUGAGUCGUCAGAUAAGUCUUUGCUCGUUUUCGGCAAUGGUGACGGUGGAGGGGGCCCGCUGCCUAAGAUGCUCGACAACCUCCGUCGCAUUCGCGCCGCGAGUAAUAACUCGCGCGAACUUCCUCCGGUGAUCAUGGGCCCAUUGGUGGAAGACUUCUUUGAUAAGGUUCUGGAAGAGUCUAAUGCGGGCACCGACUUACCGACUUGGAACGGUGAACUGUACCUCGAGUUCCAUCGAGGCACCUAUACCAGCCAUGGCUCGAUCAAAAAGGGCAACCGCAAGUCUGAGAUUCUCCUCCGAGAUGUCGAGCACGUGGCAACGCUUGCAUCGUUGUACAGAUACCACAAGCAUGAUUACGAAUACCCCAAGGCUAAGAUUGAUGUCUGCUGGGAGAAGGUGCUGUUGAACCAAUUCCAUGAUGUCCUCCCUGGAUCUGCCAUGUAA